AUGUAUUACUGUGAUGCAUAUUACAGCGCAAAGGUAGAUUUCAUCACCCUGAAUAGCAAGGGAUCGCUCACCUCGAAGCAAAUCGACAUCUUCAUCGGAGAUCCUGGGCAAGCUUUUGUCAUAUUUAGCAAAGAUGUAGGCUUCGCUAUGAAAGUCGCUAUUACACAGCAAUCCGGCAUGUCUCUAGUUUCGGACCCAGAGAGAGUCCCGUUGACAUUCUUCCAUGAGUCAAGACAUUUUGCACAUAAUAUGUGCUCAGCUGUUCCCACCGUCAUUAAGCCAACUGUACUUUUAGAUGUUGCACCGUAUCCGCGGAUCGCUAUAGAGAAAGAUUUGCCGCGGCCGAAUAGGACGAAUACGAGUCCUGCAACUCUCUGGCUUUGGGGUGCAUCGCACUCAAUUACGUUACAUGGAACAAAAGACCAUGAAUUCGAGGAGUCCUCGAGAGAAAGUCACGUCCGGUUAAAGGGAGCUGCCGACCUUUUAAAGGAUGUGUGA